AUGCUCAGCGACGAGGACUUCUGGAAAGUAAUCGACCUCGGCGAAGACCUCGGCGACGGCAGCUACGAGGACGCGCCCGCCCUCCGCCUCCGCUUCACCAGCAUCGUGAGCCCCAGCCUGAGCUCCACGGCCACGCCCUCGGAAACUUCGACCACGACCACGACGACGACGCCCAGCCCCACGGCGCUCAGCGCCGUGACGCCCAGCCAGGCCUCGAGCGAGAGCGGGAGCACCAGCACCCAGAGCGCCACGGCGUCCUCCAGCCCCUCCUCGCAGACGAGUUUUCCUAAGAUAUUUCAGACAUUUAAGAAAGACUCAUCUGAAGCAAACUUAGAUAGGAUGAUCUAUAGGGAUUUCUAUCCAAGAAUCCAAAUGUCAGUCCAAACAGAAGAAAGUUGGCUUCAAGAUUUGUCCAACAGAAAGAAGCCUGGGAAGAAGAAAGCCUCUAUACAGAAGGAACCUAAACGUGAAAAUACAGCUUCUACGUUAAGAGAAAAAUGGGUAAUUAAUCCAGAAGAGCUAAAACUAAGUAUUUUAUGUGAGCUGGAGUUUGAGGAAGACUUCAUAACACUGUUUGAGCCUUCUCUGAGAACGUUACCCAGCGUGGGCCCGCCACCCUGCCUGGCAUUCAAAGGGGAGCUUUCCCCUAUAGGCAGUGACUUCAAGGAACAAGAGGAGGAGAUGUUGCCCAAGUGUGAAUUUUGUGGGAGCGAUCUAAGAGCAUUUCUUUCUGAUUUGGAUGUUUAUUCUGACGACAAUAACUCUGAACCAAUAAAACAGGCUUCCUGUUGUAAUAAUUUCCAAAAUCUGAUUGACUACAUCUAUGAGGAAAAACAAAAAAUCCAAAGCUCUAAAGAAGAAUUCAUCAGUAUCUACCCUCAUGCAGCCUACGGCACUGAGAUGGACAGACUCAAAGAAAAGGAAAAGGCCCUCGGGAGAAAACAGGAGCAACAAAUGGCCAGACAUUGGGCAAUAAAAAGAAAUGAACAUACUAGUUUCUCUGAAGAAGAUUCAAAGCACUAUAAAACAAUUUCUUAUCAACUUUCCGUGGAUAUUUCAGAAAAAAAGAAACCUGAUGACAGACUAUUUGAUUUUAUAUUAGACAAAAGACACAUAUCCAUUGCUUGUUGUGAUUCUAGGACAGCAUGUGGGAAGAUCGUGAGGAAUGAGCUCUUGGAGAAGCACUAUAAACAUGGGGGCAAGUUUCUGACUUCAUUUCCAGAUGGGACAAUGCAAAUAUUCUACCCAUCUGGAAACCUUGCCAUCAUCCGAGUGCCCAACAAGAUCAGUGGUUUCACUUGUAUCGUCCAAGAGGACAUACCCACUAACCCUGCCAUCCUGGCAGUGCUGGACUCUGCGGGCAGAAGUUCCUGCUAUCAUCCCAACGGAAAUGUCUGGGUAUACAUCAAUAUCUUGGGAGGUCAAUAUUCAGAUCAAGCUGGCAACAGAGUAAGGGCCUGGAAAUGGUCAAGUUCCAUCGCUUCUGCUUCCUCGCCCUUUGUUUCGUUUAAACCCGUCUUCCUGGCCCUGAACCAUUAUGUGGGAGUCCGCAUCUUAGAACAAGACAAGAUUUCAAUCACUUUCCUAGCAAUGGGCCAGCAGGCAAGAAUCAGUGUCGGAACCAAAGUGAAGCUCUGGAGGCCGGAGGAGAUCCCAGCUCUCCCGUACGUGAGCGGGGACGACCUGCUGCUGCUGGCCACCUUGGUAAAGAUUCGGCGCCUGUUGCAUAAACUUGAAGGAUGUGUGAAUUUUCCCUCGGGCCAGGUGUGGGAAAAAUUUAAACCACCUUCCUACCUUUCCGGACUCUCUGUAAAACUAAUGGCCCUUUGUCACAAUUCCGGAAUAAAGCCGGAUACAAUGGCAGCGAUUACAGCCCUAAUAAAUGAAAAAAAUUAA